GGCGCUUCACUAUACGGACUGAGCGUCAACAAAUCAAGAGGAUCCAAUUGUGAGUAAGAGGCACUUCGCUAGUCGAACCUGCCGAUAUCACCAAGGGAACUGGAGGUGAGGGUGAGGGACACUCAUAAGGUUACCGAAAAGUGGGUCCCGGCGCCGAACUUACCACCCACCCCCGAUUCGUCUUUGAACCUCGCGUCCUCCAAAACGCGCUCCCCUCGUUGGACUUCUGGCAAUCAUCUUCCAAAACCACACCAACACUCUCAGCCUCGAGGUACGUGUAAUUUCCAUCUACAUCUCAUAUAUUCAUGUCCAUUGGGCAAGAGGAGUAGUCUCCUAGGGUCGAGAGAGGAGGGUAGUGCCAUCCAUCAGCUCUUCUGUACCUAGUAUCAAAAUACUUUAUGCCCAAGGAUCAGAACCCAGGUUGGCUUCUGAUGUAUCUUUACUGAAAGUCAUCCUUUCAAUUACACCUCUCAUGAAUUCACAUCUGUCUUCAUCGUUUUCAACUUUGAACAGAAAGUAACGGCGGACUUUUCAAAUCUUUCACGGACCUCUCCUGCUUGGGAGCUGGGCCACCUCACCUGGUUGGGCUUCAACCUUGCGUCACAUUUUUAUAUUCUUACUUAUGAUGCGGCUCUUGUCAUCGUUGGAAACCCUUCAUCAUACAGCUACAAAAACCAUUCCAUUCGUAGAACUUCUCGCUAACCUCACCCCAGACUCUCAAGUGUUGACUUUUCCAAAUCACUCCCCUUUUCACACCGCUUGGCACCCCAGUCUACUGGACACCCAGCAAACCCAUCCCAGUCCGAACCAUAACAUCACCAUGCCUCCCAACAACGCCCCAAUUCCUCCACGUAGGGAACCAACAGGCUCUCCUCAUCUUCCGUGUAAGUAAAAUGAAUUAUCUCGUGGUAAACAUCUCGCUAAACUCACCACAGUAUCACGAAUCAAAAAGAUGAUUAUGGCUGAUACAGAGAUCCAUAUCUGUGCAGCGAGUGCAGCUUUUACCAUCGCAAUAGCAACCGUGAGUUUUCCGUAGUCUGCAUUCAGGUUCUUCAACAUAUUUAACAUUCAUGCAGGAAAUGUUCAUACAAUACAUGGCCGAACAGGGUCACAACGUUGUAAAAUCCGAGAAGAAACCCCGCCGUAACAUCCAAUACCGAGAUCUCGGUACGUACCUAUUCUCUGAAAUCGCCAUUAGCCCUUUUGCCUGUAUUUUACAGUCCCAUACAGCCAACUCCUACCAUCUGCACUCAUUUCCAAUUCGUGAUCUUUGCCACUCUUCCCGUCCCCCCUCCCCUUCCUAACUGUCCCCUUGUACCUCUCUUGUACACACCUCAACCCCCAACCCACCAAAUAAUCAUACCCACCCCAUCUAACCNUUUGCCACUCUUCCCGUCCCCCCUCCCCUUCCUAACUGUCCCCUUGUACCUCUCUUGUACACACCUCAACCCCCAACCCACCAAAUAAUCAUACCCACCCCAUCUAACCCUCCCCCCAGCAAACGCAGUCUCCCGCCUCGACAACCUCGAAUUCCUCAACGACAUCGUCCCCAAAACAAUCCCCUACAAAGAAAUCAAAGCCAAAUCCAGCAAAGACACCACCACCAAAGCCCCCUCAGGCACCCCCGGAGCCGGAAUCGUAGAUGUGCAAUCGGGCCCCACACAAGGAACACUUGACAAGCUUAUCGGCUCGAAUGGUACAGGAACAACAGCUCCGCAAAAUGGCAAUGGUCCUAUUGUAGGUGGCGGUAGUGGUGGAUUCUCGGCUAUCAACGCAAGUGCGAACGGGCAUGGGAAUGGAACUGGCAAGGCUAGGGAGGAGGAGGAGAGAGAGGAUGAUCCGAAUAUGCAGUUGGCGAUGGAGAGUCGGCGGAGGGAGAGUGUUAAUGGUGGGGGUGCUGGGGGCCAGGAUGUGGAGAUGAGUUAGGGUAGGGUAGUUGUUUCUUGCUUGCUUCUACAAACUGACAGACAAGAGUUGAUCCUUCCAGCCGUAAAUUAGGGGACUGGAUGAGUGUAUCUCCGAAUGAAGAAUUUG